GAGCACAGUGAGCCGCGCUUCACCCACAUGGAUGACCAAUAAAAGGAAAACUUCGCAACCAACAACCUCUCGACUUGCUGCGUUCGACUGUCAACGAUUCCCAGUUCAGGUGUUUGACUGAGCUCCACGGGACGUACUGCGUGAUCGCCGUAUGAGGCAGCAGUCCGGAAGACAGACGGAGAACAAUGGCAAUAAAAUGAGUUCGUGGAGAAAAAGAAUCAAGCGAAAGUUCGGGAGGUACUCGGGAGAUGUUUCCCCACCCGCAGCUCUGGUCGAUGACCUGCCGCCACCUUUCGCAAGAUCUCUAUCGCUGAGGCACCCUGGGUACACUUCACGCGACGGCGACCUUCGACCCGAAUCGUUUCUCCUCCUCGACGAUCAGAGGAUUCCCACUCUGCGUAGAACAUGGUCUUUUCGACAAGCGGUGGCCAAAUCCUCUUCGGCGAACCAGCAGCCCCUGCAAAACGGACAGGGUUUCUUCAACGGAAGCAGCAGUGGCAACACUCUACUCGAUUGUCCUGGUUCGCCAUCACUGAACAAGCCACCACCUUUCUUUUCCCGUUUGUUCCGCUUCUCAACGAGAGAUAAAAAUCGUAAAGCCGGAUCAAACUUGCCACCGAGUGUCGCUCAUGUCGAUGUUAUACGCAAGGGUGACCCUGAGAGCCCACAGGAUGAGCCCGACGGUGUCUUCUCUGCCGAAAACCUCUCCCAGUGGCCUUCCGUGCAAUCGGAUAUUGUUACUUCGUUCGUCGAACCCACUAAUGACGCAGCCACGACUAGUUUCAUGUCGCAGUGGGCUUCGGUGCCCAUGGACAUGACAUCCUCGCACGCUUGUCACAAUAAUUCCGAGUGGUCCUCGUCGCAAGACAACUGCGGCGCCACGGAGCCUGUUGUGGACGAUGACGAAGAAGAUCCUGACGUUGUGGUCAUCCGCCGGAGUUCGACCUUGCCCAGCUUCCGAUCACGAGCCGGCUACUCAUCUUCAGAGCAAAUUACAACUCCAAACGAGAUCACUGCCCACCUGAGUGAGCAAGCUGUCGAUGGUGCUGAUAACGUUGACGGUUGUGAGAACGUCAUGGGAACAAAGACGGAGCGUGAGAACCGCUUGUCCUGUGAACCCAGCGUCGAAGCGCCGAAAACCGCGGUCGUAUCAGAGAUAGCGGGAGAGUUCCCUUGCAACGUUGACCCAGGUGCCAAAAAGAAGAGGAAGAGGAACAGCAGGAAUAUGGCGGAGCCUCAGCUCAGCGAUGAACUUAAAUUCGUACUUCUGAACGGAACUUUCCCACCGAAACACGAAGAUAAACCGGCCCCGAGACUGGCUUCCGCAACGAUACCCGGCCACAUGAUUGAGAGCCCCUGCUCCGAAGAUUCCGCCGUGUUCGAUCUCAGUCCAGUGAAUCCCCUCACGAAGAAUGCGGAAUCGCGCCCGAGCGAUCGGAAGUAUAAGAUAGAUUCAGCUAUUUUCGACUGUAAGGCCGCCCCCGCGAAUUUGCCAGACUCUCCUGUUAUCGGGCCCGUAAUCGAUUUAGAAGAUCCUAAGGCGACCCGGCGGCGGUUCGAAGCACAACUACCGAGUAGCUGCAGGCCUUCGUCCGUGUCCCCAGUUCGAGAUCCCGCGGUCGUUCGGCGCGUGAAAAAGAUGACGACGAGCAUACGGCCGAUUUCAUACACCGCCGGUAUCGGCCCGAUGCAGCGAGCCUCCACCGAUCUCCACCAAAUCGUUUUGUCGAGAAACCGUUCCGCUCAGAAACAAGAGCCAUCCAUGCUCGAGCGGUCUUGCAGUGCCGAAGCGUUGGCACCUGAAGUGCAGUCCAAGGACGAGCCGACCGUAAACGGAGACUUGGCACAAACCGCGCGCCAAGACGCAUCCCGAACCUCGAGAGGCUCUGAGCUCUCCGACGAAGUCGAUUCAGGCACCUUCGUCCGGAAGAAGCCGAACCCUCUACAGAGGAAUGGGACUUUCACGAAAGAAGACAGGAAACUCCGAGAUGCGGAAGUCCUCAUGGAGAAUGACCGAGAAGUUCCUGCGGGAAUCAUCAUCGAUCGUGAUAUCGAUGAUGCAGCUGAAGUCAAGGCUUCCGAAUGCGGAACAGAGACUCAUUCUACCGCGGCGGCUGCUUCCUCUGCUGCACCGGGCGACUCAUCGAGUGCUUCAGCCACACAAAGCAGUCCCUCUCAAGGCGGGGGAACCUUCUCUAGACCGAGCGGACCGUGCAGGGGGGGACUCAGGAAACCUUCGGAGCUCAAAGUUUGCAGAAUAACCAAAGAGUCGCAAGAAUUCUCGUCGUCGGAAAACGUCCUUCCAGUCAUCAGCAAAGAGCUUAAAUCACCAGGGACAGAGCCUCAAGUCACACCGGGUAACGGCCCGGAACACUACAAGCUAGAAGCCAGGAAGAAUUGCAAGCUACAUAUACCGUUGCCAGUUGCGAAGUCCGACUCCGAAACCUGCUUGGUGGAAAGUGUAACUCGCGUCGCCGAGGAAGCUCAGGAGAAAAUUCGUUUUGUGAUGCGACAAACCGUCUCUUCCAAUGCUCGACGGAAGAAGUCGAUCGAUGUCAAAGAAUCAAUCAGUGAGAAACCGGAGGGAAACAAAGUCAGCAGCGGUAGUGAAGUCGUCAAGAAAGUUGCCACAAAAACAACACAGGCAGCUCCCAAGGCCCCCGACGAUGGAGUCGGCGAACAGAGCGAACGACAGUCUUCAAAAGUGGACUUCGAGGUGGAGAUCGCACGACUGGGCAAAAUUUGUGAAGCCCGUAGUGCGGAACUCGACAACCUUCGCAAAGAGCUACAGAACUCCACAGCUGCGCACGGCGCCUUGGCGUUCGCAGCGCACUACUGGAGUGAGCGUCUCCGGAGAACCGAAGAGUACUCGGCCCGGUUGAGGAGUCAGCUGCUGCUGGCUGGAAAAGUAAUUAGCAAUGCCCACAAUGAUAUCGAAAAUCUAGAAAACAAGCUUCAGCAGGAAGUUGCCACGCACAAAGAUGAAAUGCAGAAAUUCGAGGAGGCGAAACAGCAGAAGAUAACAGAGCUUGAGGCUAAACAAGUCAGCGUUCUAGAAGAAUUGAGAUCAGAACACGAGAGAAAAGUCGAUGAGCUUAAGAGCAGUCAAGCAUCUGCGUCACAAGAUACUGUGCACAAAAGUAGAUUGAUCGAGCUUCAGGAGGAGCACGAGUGCGCUCUAGAGGCUCUAAGACAGUCGAAAGAAGCCGAAUUCAACGCCCUCAGGGAAACCCAACGCGAUCUCGAGCGACGUUUGGACGAGAAAAAUCACCAGUGCCGUAGGGUUGAGGAAGAGGCAGCCGCACUCAAAGCCAAGCUUCUACAAUCGGCUGAUGCGCGUGCCCAGUGGUUGAACGAGAAAAUCAACUCCCUCGAAAAGGAAGUGGAAUCGCUGAACGCGGUACUCGAGAUGAAAGUCGCCGAGAACCGGGAACUUCUUGCGGAGAAGCGUGAAAACCAAGACCGCAAAGAACGCAUGGCACUCAUGCAGGAGGCUCUCGAUAAACAAAGAGCUAAAAUAGAGGACCUGAAGGCUCAACUCGAUAUCAAGACAGAAACACAGCAGAAACUGACAUCCGAGAACGUAAAGUUACUCGAGCUUUCCGAAAAGAAGGAUCGUAUCAUAUCUCAAAUGGACCGGCAUUUUGAAGAGCUCAAAUACAAGAUGCAGGACGGCACUAGCUUCACUGUGGACGUUUCCACGCCGGUGCACCGGCCGUUGCGAGAAACAAAAAGUUUUGGCGCUCCCCCGGAUAAUGCUGACGUGGAUGAAGCAAUGAGCAGGUCGUGGCACUUGUCGUUCCGGGAAAAAUCGCAAAAAGAAUCCAAUGAUUCGAGGAGCGCCAGUUCGGACUCGAAGGACUCCGACGAAGAUGAUUCACCCCAUGUGUUGGAGAACGUCUUCACUCAAGAUGAAGGAACAGCUCUGGAGGAAACGGUUUCGACACCGGUAGUCGCCACCGCCGCUUCGCGAGCUUGAAGAACCGUCCGGGAAACCAACUAGUGGAAACAUUGUGCCACUGUUGCAGCCGGAGUUCGAGGACAAGGAUUGGAGGCGAUUCCGAAUGAGCUCUCCAGUCCACUCAAUCGGGGUUGCGAUCUUCUAAUGCUGAUCAGUGUUAUUUCUGGGAUUGUGUUUCCCCCCUACGCCAUGUGUGUUAGACGUUGGGCGAUAGAAAGUUCGUGCGAAGGAUCAAUAUGGUCUCGUGUAAAUUCGCCGUUAAUAGGUGUACAUGAAAACCUUCGGUGCUCUUUUCAUUUAUUUUUUUUCGUGCAUCACAGGCAAUCUGGUUCCCUCCAAUUCCGAUCGGUAAAGUUAAUCCAGACGCGUGAGUUUUUGCUGUCUGACACGCUGCAGUACGCGCAGAUGUAGGCGGAAUCCAAGGACUUCACAGGUCUGAGUGUAUUUACAACUUGAAUUUGUGGCGAUGCAGCACAUCGAAUGCGUGCGACGCCAGAUGCCUGCGUAAGAUCAACUCCAGAGCUCGAGCGAAUACAAUGACGGAUCUUUUUACCAUCAUGUCGGGUGAUGCAGCUCGCGUACGCGUCCGUGAUUCUCUAUCUGGGCAGCAAAGCAAUCUAUAGGACUGGAGGUUCUUGAGAACUUCAUUCUCUGUUUCAAGGAAGCUGUUCAUGAACUUUCAAACGUCGAAUG